AUGGCCAACUCCAACUACCACACCACCCACCAAGCCACCCAGGCUCCACAAGUCGCCCCUGCGCACCGCAUCUCGGAGCAGAGACCUUACCAAGCUCCGGACUUUGACUACGCUCACUGGAAGGUCCUUCACGACCAGUUCGGUGCUUCGCACAUGAUCCCUCAGCAUGCGAGGGUGGUUUCCAAGGUGCCAAGUAGGGAGAUGCCGGAGGUGAAGAGGUUGCGGCCUCAUAGAGUUGAGGCUGAGGUGGAAGUUCCCGCGUCGCCGGUAUGGGUUAAGGACACACAGUGGGAUGAGGCCACGCAGUGGUAUGUCGAUGGCUCUGCUUCGCAGGAGGGGUCUGAGGCAUCGGAGGUGAAGAAGGGGAAGGAGAGUGUGGUGGAGAUGGGGAUGGAGGGAGAGGGAGAAGAAGAUGUUCGACUUCCCUCUCCCGCCCUGGCUGAUAGGAAGCGGAAGAGGGAGAGUAGUGGAGGAGUGCAGUGGGUGGAGGAUACGUACUGGGAUGCUCCGUCUUUCAAGCGGUGCUUUACUACCAGGCAGACCGUCGACCUCACUGGGGACGAGGAGAUGGAGGUGGAGAUCAUCGAUCUCACUGGGGAGGCCUAA